AUGAAGAGAUUUCUUCAAACACAUUCGCCGACAGACCCCCACGCCCGCACGGCUUCAUCGCUGAUCGCCGUCCAUCCGCCGACCGAAAAGACCGCCCUCCGCUGUCCUCCCGUGGACCGGUGGUGGGUUCAGGAGUCGCCCAUCUUGAAGAAGUACGUGGAGAAUGGUGAUGUGGUGGGCAUCUGUGUCUCGGGCGGCUUAGACUCCAAGACCGUGGCCUUAAGGCUCCGCUUGGCCGGUGUAAAGGUGAAGUGCUUCACUGCAGACAUCGGUCAGCCUGAUGAGGAGGACGUGAACGACGUGAUCAAGAAAAUGGCCCCCCUGCGGCGUGGAGACCGUCGUCGUGGAUCUGAAGAAGGAGAUCGCCGAGGGCGCCUUCGAGGCGGUGGCUGCGCAGGCGAUGUACGACGGCGGCUACUGGCAGUCCACGGGUAUUGGCAGAUACGUCACCGCCCGGGGCUUGCUCCAGGCCAUGAAGAAGGCGGGCUGCACAGUGCUCUCCCACGGUGCCACGGGGCGCGGCAACGACCAGGUUCGCUUCGAGCGCUAUGUGAACGUUAUGGAUCCCAGCUUCAAAGUCUAUGCACCCUGGCGCGACCCGGUGCUCUUGGAGGAGUUCCCGGGGAGGAGCCAAAUGUUGCCUGGACAUGGAACGGGCGCGCCAUGUGGGGGUUGGGAGAUGUUGGAAGGGACAUAGGCAGAUGGGUUGAGUUGGGUUGGUGGGUGGGUUGGAGACAUGCUUGGAUGACCAUCUCUGACCAAAGAGUCUUUUCUCUGACUGGCAUGUGGAGAAAAGAUGAGAGUUCGGACAGAGAAGGCCCUGAAAAAGGCCGGAACAUGGGGCAGCCAGUGGGGCGGCCCUGA